UGCUAAAAUUAGGGACUGCCGCGUCCACGACAGCAGCCAAACUGCUGUACAUAAAGUCAUGUAAAACUAGGGGAUACACUAUCACAAGGGUUGGCAAGGCAAGCUUUCCAUGGGCGACAUUUAACGCCACACGUUGACUGAAGAGGCUCUGUGCGUAACGCAGGGACAGCGCUGGAUCAUCACUGGCCACAGCUGCGCAAAUCAUGAGUAUUUGAUAGCUUUUUGGAGACGCCAUAUGUAGUCUUCCGCUGCUUUGAGUGUACACGUCUGCAAAAAAAAUGUCUUUUUUAACCAUACCAAGCCAAGAGGGCCUUUUUAAAACGAUAAAAACAGGCAGAUCGGGCGAGGACGCAGAUAGUAGGUCACCCAUGGACGCCGAAGAUAACGAGAAUGAUGACGAUGAUGACGAUGACACCGAGGACGUCCGCUUCAUCCCAAGAUGCUCCCCGGUGCCUAGAAAGCGAGGUGCGUCAAUUUUCGAUGAGACCGCUGAGUAUAUGCGGAUCCACUUGGCGCUGUCCGCAGGAAAGAGAGUGUCAUUUGCUGAUACAACAGGUGGGGAUCUGGUGGAUGUGAAGGAAUUUGUUGCCUUUGAUUCGGACGAAGAAGAAUCUAGUGCAAAGUGGGACGAAGAGGAGGCAAAGUAUCGAAAGCCAGAGCGAGAGCCAACCUAUCAUGUGCACCCAGAGUUUCAUGGACCCACCGGUAAUGCCCUGCUGCAGGCUGUGCGCACCAAUAAAGUGGAGGUUGAGCAGAUGUCUCCAGCUGAGAAUGAGCCACUCGCCUUCACGGGGGUAAUACGAGUCCUGAACAUCUCCUUCCACAAAGCAGUGUAUGUCAGAUCGACAAUGGACAAUUGGGCUACUUACUUCGAUCACCCAGCAGAGUAUGUCCAGGGGUCUCACGAUGGAGAGACUGACAAGUUCUCCUUCAAGCUGUCUUUUGCGCCACCUUAUACCACACAUGGCUCUCGCAUUGAGUUCGUUGUUCGCUAUGAAACGUCUGAUGGUGAUUACUGGGCUAAUAACUCCUCUAUGAACUAUGCGGUAACUCUGCUCCUGACCUAUGAAGAUGAUUCAGCUCGUACAAAUAUCAGCACACAACAAAUGAAAAGCAUCCUGAAACCUCCAAAAGCUUACAGUAUGAACAACGAUUCAGAAGAUGAGCUGGAAAAGGAAGAAGAAGAAGCAGGGACCUCUGAGUCUUGUCCGGGGCUUGUCCGGCCUACGGCUGUGUGCCCCGUCAUCGUACAGCCGGAGAUCGAUGUAGAGCAGAUCGCAGCGCACCCAUCGGGUCCCUCUGUCCCACCCAACCAAGCACUUCCAUGUGAUGAUGGCACGCUGUCCGCUCACGCUGUAUUCCCAGGUGAACAGUUUCCUUGUAUGUCUUCCGAAACCACGCAUCAAACUAAUUCAUCCUUUGUACUCGGUGCCAGCGAAUCAGUCCAGCCAAAUAAGUCACAGCCUUUACCCAGACUCCACUGUGAAUUAAGUAACCAGACAUCUGAGCAGCACACAGACUGUAGUCCCUCUACUCCGCCGCCUGCCUCACAUCCUUUUCUACAACAAAACUCCAAACUCAGAUCAGACAUCUCCCAGACUGGCAGAGAGGAAAUCCCUUUAGAGGGCUCUUGCAUGUGUCUUUCUGCCAUAGAGACAACAACAGGAGAGGAUGAAGCUACAGAAAAACCAGCCAGUCAUCCUUGCCUUGAACUGCCUGCUGAGCGUGCCUCUUCUCCCAGUGUGACACAAGGCUUUGAGCGAGAUGUUACAGUGGGAUUGAGUGAACCUGCUGAAGGAUUAUCAGAAAGUUCCAGCAGGUCUGCAGCACACGAUGAAGCAAGUACGCCUGCACGUUUGUCUCCUGUGGCUGAGACUCAGACAUCUCUGAAAGCAGAAGGUGAAGCUCUACCAUCACCUGAGCUCCCAGAGAACACCUCAGUGAAUACAGGUGUCACCGAGGUGAGUGAAAACCUAGCUCAGUCUGUCUCAGCCUGGGAAGAGAAGGAAGAUGCUUCGCAUAUUUCCCCUGACACAUUAUUAGAGAAUGAACCAAGCACAUCGUCAGGGGUUUCCGAGCCCCAGUCUGAGCAUAACAGAAACAGGAAUCUGCUGCCAUCUGUCAUAUUUCUGAGUGGAGUUGUCUCCCUCUUGAUAGUGUUACAGGAACCCACUGCCCUCUUCCUCAUUGGACUAAUUUUCAUUUUGCGCCGUUUGUGAUUUUGCCCCAAAUCUUGUCUGAAGUUAAGUGCCUUUUCAUGGUUUCAAAAUAAGCCAUCAAGCUAAGCAACAUGCACACAAAUCCUCUCUUGAAGUUGUGCACAUUUUAUGCAAAAUGUAAUGGAAGGAGAAAGUAAUUACAGAAAUACUGGCGUUAUUCACAUGCAUUCUGUGUUUUUAAUAGACUAACAAUCACCCCAUUAGCACAAUAUUGUGAACGCUAAUAUAAAAGCACAGUGUAGUAUCAGAGCUGUUUUAUCAGUGAUCAGUCACCUUUUUCUUGUUGUGUGGCGAUAGUGUCUGUGGUGUUAUAUUCUAGUUGUUUCAGUCACUACUACAAUGCACUUUUGCUGUUGUCAAUGUAGCAAAACCUGUUGUUUAAGGGCACUGCCAUGACUUUGACUUUUGUGAAUUUCAUGUGUUGUUAUCUCUUUUUAAAAAACGACAGAAACAUUACCCUGCUGGUAAACAUGAGAGACUUAUUAAAAAAAAUGGAAAUUUGUUUACAAAAUGAAAAAGAAAAACAUGGCUAUGUGUGUAUUUUUGCCUUAAUACUUAGUGAACACAAGACUGAAAUGGUUGCUGCUUGAGUGACAAGAAAGCAAGUGGGAAAAUGUCCACCUCACUAUUGCACCUUUCAUUUCACGGGUCUUCCUCUUUGCUGGUAAAUGCAUAUUAUUGUUGUUUUUGCACAGCGCACAGUUACAUAAUGUAAUAGACAAUCUCACAGACAGAAGCACCGAUUGAUACGUUUGAAGUGGUGAAAGCUUUUG